UCCUCUUUGAUACGCAACCUCCGGCUCUCAGAGUCCUUGAAAAAGAACCAGCUCUGGAACGGGAUUAUAAGUAUAACUUUGUUGGAAGGGAAGAAUGUCUCAGGAGGAAACAUGACAGAGAUAUUUGUCCAGUUAAAACUGGGGGAUCAGAGAUAUAAAAGUAAGGAUGGGCAUUUUGGACAUUGAAGUGUGGGGAAAGGACAGCAAAAAACGCGAGGAGCGUCUGGGCACGUGUAAAGUGGAUAUCUCGGCACUCCCCCUGAAGCAAGCCAACUGCUUAGAGCUGCCGCUGGAGAGCUGUCUGGGGGCUCUCCUUAUGUUGGUCACACUUACGCCCUGUGCGGGAGUCUCCAUCUCUGAUCUGUGCGUGUGCCCCUUAGCAGACCCCAGUGAAAGAAAGCAGAUUUCCCAGCGAUACUGCUUACAGAACUCCCUGAAAGAUAUGAAGGACGUCGGCAUUUUACAAGUGAAAGUUUUAAAGGCAGUCGAUCUCGUAGCGGCAGAUUUCUCAGGAAAGAGUGAUCCUUUUUGCUUGUUGGAGUUAGGCAACGACCGACUUCAGACACACACCAUUUACAAGAACCUCAACCCUGAGUGGAACAAAGUUUUUACAUUCCCCAUUAAAGAUAUCCAUGAUGUUUUAGAAGUGACAGUGUUUGAUGAAGAUGGAGAUAAACCCCCUGAUUUUCUUGGAAAAGUUGCCAUUCCCUUGCUAUCCAUUAGAGAUGGGCAACCAAAUGGUUACGUAUUGAAGAAUAAAGAUUUAGAGCAAGCUUUUAAAGGAGUUAUUUACUUAGAGAUGGACCUCAUAUAUAAUCCGGUCAAAGCAAGUAUUAGGACCUUUACUCCUAGAGAAAAGCGCUUUGUUGAAGACAGCCGCAAGCUGUCCAAAAAGAUCUUAUCAAGAGAUGUAGACCGAGUGAAAAGAAUCACUAUGGCAAUAUGGAAUACAAUACAGUUCCUUAAAAGCUGCUUCCAGUGGGAAUCCACAUUAAGAAGUGCAAUAGCAUUCGUGGUAUUUUUGGUCACCGUCUGGAAUUUCGAACUAUACAUGAUCCCCUUGGCAUUAUUGCUGAUCUUUGUCUACAAUUUCAUCAGACCCACAAGAGGCAAGGUCAGCAUCGCCCAGGACAACCAGGAGAGCACAGACGUAGAUGACGAGGAGGAUGAAGAUGACAAGGAAUCUGAGAAAAAGGGGUUAAUUGAGAGAAUCUAUAUGGUGCAGGAUAUUGUUUCAACUGUUCAAAACAUCUUGGAGGAACUAGCUUCUUUUGGAGAAAGAAUUAAAAACACAUUCAACUGGAGCGUCCCCUUCCUUUCCUCGUUGGCCUGUUUGAUUCUGGCAGCCACCACCGUCACUCUGUAUUUUGUUCCGCUGCGGUACAUCAUUUUAAUCUGGGGAAUAAAUAAAUUUACUAAGAAGCUCCGAAAUCCCUAUUCUAUCGACAAUAAUGAGCUACUAGACUUCCUCUCCAGGGUACCAUCUGAUGUUCAAAAGGUGCAGUACGCGGAAUUGAAACUCUGCAGCAGCCACAGCCCCCUGCGGAAGAAGCGCAGCGCUCCCUAAAGCACACGCCAACUUUGGAUGCCAUCACUCGAUAUGGUGUUUGGUUGAUUAGACCAAUGUCGUGGCUGUCUCAGUGGUACCCGCAGCGUCCUUCUGAAAUGCGGGCGGCCUGGCGCCCUUUCUUCUCCCGCCCCCGUCUUCACACGCACAGGUGCACACGUGCAUGUGCGCACAUCCCCAUGCAUGGUGUGUCCUACUUGCAUAGAGGGCCAGCCCAGCAAAAGGAAACAAUCCCGAGACUGUGAAAGACUAACAUCCAUUCUGAAACAGGAGGUAAAGCAAGGCUGCCACGGGUCUGAACACCCUCCUUGAGAGCAGCCAGGAGACCACUUGGAUUUGAGAGUGACUUCGAACUUGUGUUCACACCUCCAGCAGAUUCUCAUUAAGAUUCAUUUAUUUCCACUCCCAAUCCCCACACUCCUUUCAGAUGAUUAUUCGUGCA